AUGGUGUCAUUUAUCUGGUGCAGGUGUGUGCAAAACCAGAGAAAAAAAGGGGGACCAGGGAGUGAAGAACUUCCGCUAACUCAACUGGAAACCUUGCAUUUUGGGAUAUUUAAUCUCAUCUUUGAUAAGCCACAAAUACAACAAUUACACAAACUACAAAAGAAUCAGCUCAAUGAAGUCAAUAUGCAACAAAAUUUUCAAAAGGUAAAUCGUGGAAGAGCAACUCCAGCCAGAUAUCAUCAUUCAAUAUCUCUCUUAGUUCUCCAUUCUUGUCUCUUUUGCAUUCAUUAUGCAACCAUGUUUUAA